UUGAAGUCGUCGUUGUGAUCGCAUGACGCUGCUUCAUGUUUGUAACGCUUGCACUUUACAGUUUUUCGUCUAGCCGGCCUUGCAACUAAGUUUCCACAUUAUAUUCCACAUUUUAUCUGGCAUAUUAGCUUUGUGAUACAGAAAACGCAAAAUUAGAAAUUUUUACACUAUUGUUUUUGUUAUUAAGAUUUAAUUUCGGCAAUUAUGGAACAAGUAUCUUUAUUUCCCAGAAGACUGUACAACCCAAACGCUGUGCUAAGCUUUGGGGCUUUACAACUGACUUUCGGAAUAUUCUUUUUUCUAUUGGACAUCGGAGUGUUCGCUUACGGAAAAAGCCAUAGCACAACCCGCACUAUAACUCGGGAAGGAUAUGACGAAGUCGAUGCGUACAGCUGUUCCCCACCUAGUUAUACUGGCAUUGGCUCGGGAUUUUUCUGCGGCUUCUGGUUUAUUUUGAGCGGCUCGUUCGGCACAGCUGCCGGACAGCGGCUUGCAGCGGACGAGGGACCGCGAUGCCGACGUUGUCAUUUAGUGACGUCCCUAGUGCUCAGCAUUCUGGGGUUUCUGUUGUGCAUAAUUUGGGCCGCGCUUACCGGUGUAAUUGUUAGUCUGAGCUGCGUGGUAUUCAAUGACUCGUAUCCAGGAGCAAUCGCAGCCGUUCACACGGCGAUAUUUUGUAUUAUGGUGAUCAUCAAUCUGGGCCAAAUUAUUUCUGCCAGUGUGAACAUUUAUCACCUCCCUCCGCCGGUGGCUGCCAUUAUGCACACAAUGACCUCAACGGCAUCGGAUCACCAGAUGAUUGCUGCUGCGGUGCAUACACAUCCAGAGUUUGUGCCUGCUCCGGCGGUGGUUCCAGUUGUCCCUCCUUACUACACAUAUGGACAAUAUGGUCACAUUCAACAAGCUGUGGAAGCGCAUCCCAGAAUCUAGCGACUUGUGCAGGCAAAGACUGAUAUUACGCUAGAUAUCGUACAUCCCCUAACUUGUAAACUCUUUCUGACACGCUGUGGAUUUGCCAACGUUUUUUGUAUUUUUUAUUCGCAAAUUUGUUUGCUACACUAAGUAUACUGUAACAAAUGCAAAAUUUCAUGUGCAUCUUGGUGACUGAACUCUUUACGUUUCGUGUACUGUAACGCUGGCCUACUUUAUCAGUCGUCUCGAUUACCAUUAGUAGAAUCUGCG